CGCUUUUGUACCAAUCUGCAUGUUCCAUUUUUUUGUACUGGUAGACUUGGUUCUGUGGACCCCAUCCCCGGUCACCGGCUACAUCCUACCAGCCGCACGCCCGCACACUCGCUCCUCCGCCGGUCGACAUCGAGUGGAGCGAACGAAUACACGCUACUCGUGCCUUCCGGCGUCUUCCAGGGCCUUGUCGAAGUCGCGUGUCACUGCCGACAUGAUGGUACUGGAAGAAAAGAAUAUACCAACGUCGGAACGCAACGAGGCGUCCAACGAGGUUGCGGGACGAUUGUGGACGUACGCCUCUUAUUUACAACGGGUACGCCGGCAAGAACAACAGCGGGAAAUCUCGAGCGACGUUCGACCCCAGAGUAAGGCGGCGACAUCGCUGGCCUACUUUUUGGAAACCAAUGUUUGUCGAGACGCGGACGACGAACGGGAACCAUUGUCGCGUGCAUUUACGCAAGCAAUUCACAUCGCGGCGGAUGCGCAGAAUUAUAGACUCAUUCUAAGACUCGUCGACGCUGUGUUGUAUUACGCAAAGGCGGAUAGUGACCCACAGUGUGUGGUAGACCCACGUAUCGUUGGUGAAGCAAUUCAGGGCAUUGCGAGGACUCAGGCCAGUGUUGGGAAAAUUAAGACGCUUUGGAAACGUAUGUACGCACAUCCGGCCUUGGCGGCACCAGUCGGUUCGCGACAAGUGAAUGCCAUGUUGCAGGCACUGGAAUCGCGGGGCAAGAGUAGAGCCGUGGUCGAUUUGUAUCACGAAGCAUCGUCUCAAUCCAACGCCACGGACGCGUACAGUUUGAGUAUCGCUCUCAAUGCCUUGACCGCGUCCGUCACGGACGAUCAAGCCCCUGUCAAACCGGAACCUCUUCCGUCUUUGUACCGGAGUCGCUUUGCGGUUUGGCAAAGUACUUGUUGGCAGUGGAACGAAGCUCUAAUACUACUCGGGCAUGGACUAGAGACAAAUAAGGUCAACAAUCCCGUCGUUUCGGCGCUUCUCCAGUUGAACGACCGGGCUUCACGAGUAGUCACGGCACAUCAAGGGCCCCAGUUGGCGCUUGCCGUCUUGGAUAUUAUGAGAGAGCACAAUAUUGUACCCGACACGGUCACUGUAACGUUGGUGCUGUCAAGUUUGGGCCGCGAAUGGGAAAUUGCACUGACCUUGUUGGAGUCAAUGAAACCCUGCAACUCAACCUCAACGCCGUCAUCUUCCUGGAGUUUACCGGAACCCAAUGAGUUUUGCUACUCUGCAACAAUGGCAAUUUGUGCUCGGUCUCGCCAAUAUCAACUCUCCUUGGAGUUGUUGAAUGAUAUGCGCAGAAAUUCCGCCCUGCAAAUUAAUACGGUUGUUUACAAUAGCGUCCUACAGGCACUGGUCGGGAACAACAGGAGACGCGAAGGCAAAGUAAAAAAGGCGCAACGCAAAAAGGCGCAAGACCGAGUACGCGCAAUGUUUCAGAUUCUCGGCCAUAUGGAGGAGGACAUACAAAGGCAAUUGGACACGCGACCGAAUACAAACACGUACAAUACCAUCCUCUUGAUUCUAGCUACUUCCGGGAAACUCAUGGGUGAGCGUGAAUGGGUUGACAUACGCGAGACCUUUCCAGCUUACUUUCAUGAUGAUGACGACUUGGUAGCUACCUCCAAUCCAGGAAGCUUGGCUCGGUACUUUUUGAACGACAUGGCUGCCAAAAGUGUAGAACGGAGUGCAUUGACCUACCGCAAUGCCAUUCUUGCUUCCUCAGCUAGUCACGUCGAACUGGUGCUAAAUAUGUUAAAAUUGGCCGAAGCGGCUAUUCCCGCUUUUGCCUCGGAUCGUGGGAGUAUUUAUAACGCGGCCUUGACAGUUAUGGCUAAUGCGGGAUACGCGAAAGAAGUUCUAGCCUUGUUUUCUAAGAUGACAAAUAUCGGUGUGAUACCAAAUCGCGAAACCACAGGUGCUAUCAUCACAGCGCUUGCAAGAGGCCAGCAAACAAAAUCGAUUCCUUCUUUUCUGUCGCAUUUGGCGGGGAUGCGGAAAGAAGGGAAAGUCACGCUGUUUGCUGGGGUUACAUUGGACCUGACUUCUCUGCCCCAUAAUUCACAAUCGGACUUUUCACUAGCUCUAUCGCUGUGCCUGACCCGAAAUGACUACAAAAGCGCGAAAGAUAUUCUCGAAGUCAUGCGAACAGUCGGUUGUAUUCCAACCGCAGAAUCGCUGGAAAGGAUUGCAAUUGCGUAUGCUCGGGGUGCCAUGACAAAACCUUUUGGUGCUCGGAACUUUCCUGAUGGACAGGCACACCGACUGAAGGAAUCGAGGGCGAAGGCACGCAAUGCAUAUGAUCUGACGGUUGGCAUGGAAGGCGCAUCGCUUGAGCUACUGGCAAUUGUUUCUAAAGCAUGUGCCCAUGUGGGAUACUUCGACGAAUCGAUGUUCCUUCUUCGGGAGAUACACAGGAUGAUUUUAGCUUCACAAUCGUUGUCAAACGCGCUUCCGAACUGUGGACUCCAUUCUUCUAACUUUAGUCUAGAGGCCGUACACCGAAAGAUCCUUCAUUCCUGUGCCAACGCCGGGAACGUCACUGCUGCACUAGAUUUUGUCGGAAACAUCCAACAAACAAGUCGCAAGCUGAGGAGAAUCAAUGGCAGGUCCCAGGAGCUACCUUUAGCGAAAGGCAUCAAAAUGGACCGUUUUACAUCGAAAUCAUAUUCAUGCAAAGGAGAAACGAUGUCAAAAGUACAGCUUGGAAUGCAAGCAGAAGAUUGGAAGUCAUUGAUAAUUGCCGGCUCAAAGUCUGGGCAUUGGCGUGUCUGCUUGAGCACUCUACAAUUUUUGCAACCUUACUUGGACAAUAUCCGUCCGUCGAAAGUCUCGGACGAAUACGGUUUGAACAGAAUGGAAAAAGAGUACGAGUCGAUAUCUAAAGCGUUGACCUGGGCGGUGAAGUGCAUGUCUGUCCGAUCACAGUAUGGAUGGGCAAUAAGGGCCAUUCAAGACUGGCUGGAAUGGACUGAUCGGCGUCCUCCGAAGGAGGCUGUUUCUGCCGCAGUUAGAGUUCUCAGUACACGGGGACGAGGCGAUGAAAUUAUUUCACUACUGGAAAAGUGUCUAUCUAUACCAUCUACAGGACUUUCAGCUACGAAUUCCUACGAAGUGGGAAUAUAUGUUGAGGCAAUCACCACACUCUACAGAGACGGGUUAUAUGAGUCUGCCGACGAUGCGUUUAUCAGAGCUGUUGCAAACGGAAUCCUCCCGCUUCAGCUAGAAAACUGCGAUACGCGUGGCAAUCGUCGCAUAGUUUUGGACUUACACGGAAUGAACGUGGCUGUCGCCCAUUCUGCCGUUCGAAUUGCUUUACAUCAAGAAAUUCUGACAGCGAGCUGGAAUCAUUCGACUGUCGCGAGCAACGAAUUUGUCAUCGUUACCGGUAGAGGGCAAAAGUCGGCAUUCAAAAUGAGGCCAGUACUUCGUCCGGAAGUCCAGCGUAUGCUUGUAGAAGAAUUCUAUCCUCCUUUGAGCACUUUGUCAGUACCUGGAAACUUAGGAGCGCUUACUAUACCGCUCGAGGACAUAUGCAGCUGGUUGAACCAUCAACGUGUACAAAAAGGAGCCAGAAUGAUGAGUAUUGCCGCUGUUCUCAGAAAUCUCUCUUCGGGCAAAAGGCUUCAUGCUGCACUGUCGAAGGCCAAUGAACUAGACCCUGGUGGGCCAUAAGCGAUUUAUGACGUGGAGUGAUUUGCUCUUUCACAUGCCCUUGCCCUUAAUCUUGUGUGCAGGCAAAGGCAACACUCAAAUGCCUCCUUUGUUGGUUUUCGUGAGCUUCUUCUGCUCGGUAUUUAAACAGCAGUCAGUAAUGUUGCCGACCCCUCGGUACCACAUGCAUACAAGGGCCCACUCGCUAAAGAAGGGAAGAUCCAGUUCUACGGCUCGCCAUGACCGACGCAACAUUCAGUAGUCACCAAUGCAGCAUCUCGAUGAUAUGGGGUUUUAGGAUCAAUCCAAAUCUGUCUUGUAAUAGUGCAGAAUGGUAUUGGAUUCAAAAAGAAUCGAAGCCGACUGCACUGUCAGACUUUAUAGUCAAGAUAUCAUAGCGGACUUACAUUAGUUGUUC